AGAGUAUGAGUAUCGCUAUCGCGCACACUAUUUCAAAUUCUAACUACUAUGUAUACUAUAUAUAAGUAUAUCAAAAGAGUCAUACUUCCAAGCGCCAUGAAAAGUUAAUCAUUCAGUGCUUUUUUGUCCAUAGGAAUUGUUGAGAAUAAUCAUGAAGCUCGACGGCGUUUCCACCGAGAGCUUGUCUGAGGUGCUGGGGAGCUUGCGCAGCGAGCUCGACAAGUUGAAGGAGCGAUGUCGAACCGAGAAAGACCGGAUUAAGAGCACGACUGCUAGCAACGCCAAUGCAUCUACGUCACUCCUCACACCACGAGACGAGAUAUCGGGUAUUUCGUCACGUGCUACGCAACAUAAUCUUGCAGCGGGCACGUCGCAUUAUCUGAAAAUAGCCAAUGACGAGAACGCAGAAGGUGAAGGUGAGGAAGAAAUGAAAAACCAAAAUGCGUCCGGCGACCAUUUUGCUUCUUCGGCAUCGAGGGCCUCGGUAGCUGGCUCUACUAGAAUUUCAGGCGAAGGAAUGCGUAGCAGACUGGACGAGGCACCUUCGCGUGCCGCGAGUUUUCUGAAGCAUGGCAUAACGAUGCCGCACAAUUAUGACCGUUCCGACGCCGCUGUCAACAAAGCACUGCAGCAGCGCCAGCUUGAGCUACAAAAACACGACGCGCGAGGCACUUUAGCAGCACCGCUUAGUCCAGCUUGCUCGUACGUAUGAGUAUGAUGUAAAAAAAAUCUGAAUAAGAAUACACUUCCUGCGCCGUCCUGCUCACUAGCGCUAGGCCAAUAAUAUGGUAGGAGAUCCCCAUGGAUAAGGAUAGCUUGCACGAACUAUAAUCCAGGCUAAGAAAGCAGAUUAUACUUACGUGUAGCAAACAAAACAAAAUACUACUUACGUGUUCUUUCAGUUUUUUUACCCGUCUUCAUAUUGAAUUUUUCCGGAUCAUGAUCUGGCCGCUCGAGAGGGUCCGUUGUUGGAUGCGCGAUCGCCUUUUCCUGUGCCACUGUCCGCACUCAUAGACGCUGAUAUCGAUGCCGUCGACGACCAAGCCUCGGACAUACCUAGACCCUGGCAUCCUCCGAACUACGACAGGACGACGUCGAUUCGUGCGAAACCCUUCAGUAACUACGUUAAUCACGCAGCGGGGGCUUCUGGUACGUUCACCCAGAUUUUUUCAUUAUUUUGCUUUGGCUGUGACUGCAAGCAUGUUUCUUGAAAGAAAAAGUUUGCAAAUGUGGAACCAACAGCCCUCCACCACAGAUCAAUAUUUGGUACGAUCUGCACGCUCAGGUCGUGGAUAUGAAGAUAGGGAAAACGGCACGUGCUUCCGCAGUGUUGAUUUCGAGAUGCCGCCAUUGACAGACACUAGUGCGUUCUCCACUGCCGCGCAGAGGCACCAAAAGAGUUCCGGAACACAGAUUGGAGGUACUCUUCACAUUUCUUUGCUUGGACCACGAAUAGACUAACACUCGACAGGACUUGGACCUAUCGUUUUACUUCAAAUGCUUGUUCUUGCAUUUGCGUCCUAGCUUCAGCAGUAGCGCAACAAAUCAUAUCUGGGACUACUUGAUGGUCUCGGUCUACAGAACACACAUUACACUUCGCGAGGGCAAGCGCGAGGACAUUAAUACCUUCUUAUCUCCAGCAGACUCUUUCCUGCAGCAGAACGCCAGAUCGUCCGCUUCUCGAAGGCCAUGGGAUUCUUCCAUGAAAAGGCCGGGUAGUACAGCGCGAACUCCUUCUGCAUCGGAGACAAAGCAGCUCCACAGCUUUCGGCCGCUGUCUCGCACUCAUCAACAACAAGGGCCCUCUACAAAUCCUGGCACCCAACGGGCGGGUGCUGGUGGAGUUGCGGGAAAGGCGAUACCAAAUAGGCGCAGCCAUAGCACUAAUCAAGCAGGUCCUCGUAAUUAUGCGGCAUCUACGAUGAUAAAGAAGGGUGGACCUACUUCAUCAGGCGUUGGAAGAAGUCAAUCGAAAUCGUCAGAUUCAGCAUUUGCGAACAAGUCGUCGAAGUGGUCACCUGUGCAACCCCAAUCGCCUCGUAAUCAUCUUGCUGAUGAAACAACAUAUAGAAGAACAUUCGAGUUAGAUUUUCUGGGAUCAUCGUACAGUGCUCGAGGCACGCAGGGAACUCACUAUGAUCAGUUGGCACGCGAGGCUGCUCUCGCAAAUGCAGAUGCGAGGCUGUCAAGUAAGGACGUUGAACCGCCUGGGGCACAACUCUCAUAUGCUAAGAGCAAUGAGGCAGCUUCAAAUUAUGAGCGGCUUACACUCGCUGCCGGGAUCAUUCCCACUUCAAGAAGUAGAGGAGGUGGCAUUAAGCCCUCAUCGAGUUACCAGAAUUACUCUCAGGCAUCUUCGUGGAUUCCCAGACCCUCACAUCUUGAUGACGGACUCGGUAAAGGGGAAAUCGACGAUUUAGAUCUAGAUCAAAUACUCCCCAUUACUUCCACAUGUCACUUAGACGAACGCGAGGGCGUCAGAGUUAGUCGCAAACCCUCCGCCUCCACAACAACGAGAUUUUCACCUGGAGAUGAAGCGGCAGGUGAGACUGAGAAUAACCACAACAAAAGUAGACCACAUGUACAAAUGGAGGUGUAUCAAGGUAGACCGCGGUCCUCUCGGUCGUCUUGCGCACCGAUUGGAGUGAGGACGCAGAACAAGUUUCACCAGAGAGCGGCAGGGGUUAUUACAACUAGCCGGGGAGCCGGAACUACACCAACUACAAUUAACAAAAGUACCCAAAAAGUGGUCGGAUCACCGAAAAGCAAAACCCGUAGAGGUCAGUCACGUGGUCUGGAAAAUAAGCCAGCUGCAGAAGGUCAACGGAAACGCUCCUUUUCUUUUACUGCAACUAGUGCAGCACGGGCAGUCGGUAGGAGAAAUACGGCUAGGAAUAGGGCAGAAUGUGCCUCUAGUGCACAACAGCGCCUAUCAAUCCCCCAGCACGCAACAUACCAAUUCCCGGCACAGGCUUUUCAGUCGUCCGAAAUAACUCCUCCUACUGACGAUGGUAGUCUGAUGGCCGCACAGAUGCUGAACCCUAGCGCUUUCCUGCAGAACGAAAUCGGCAGUUUAUGGGGAGCCAUCUCCGAUCUGAAAUCCGAGAACGGAGCUCUCCGAUCAGAGAUGCAACGCAUGCUGAAGAAGAAGCCUCUCGGAGCGGCGACGGUGAAGCCAUCCUUGACAACCGGCAUCGGUGGUACGCGUGGUCGUUGCACCCCCGCAGCCUCGCCACCAGGAGUAUGGAAAUAGCUCGAGAGUUCCUCUAUAACGGACUGCUUGUUGUGCUUGGUUCUUCGGUACCAUUUCGUACGCAUGGGAAGGUGUUCCAAAUUCCUACUCUGCCAAUACCGCGAAGUAUUUUCAAUUUGUUGUACAUUACUUGUGAUAUUAGCGAUGCAGGAAAGUUAGUGUAUAAUGCUGACCAUCGCUGCGUCGGCUUGACUUCUUGAUCUUGUACUGAUUGAGCGCAUCUUGAAGUUGACAAUCAUCGCAUACGCAUGUGUAGUAGUUGUACUCAUUUACAUUUGUUUUUGGGUGACUGGUGAUCAUCGCCCUCGUCCAGGUAAGUCACAUUCACUGGUCCAGAUCGAUGGAAAAACCAUUCCUGUAAGUAGUCGAAUUUGCAAGCUUUUUUCUCAAGUUCAAACCCGCAUCCGUUCAUGAUAGAUUGCUUGUGUGGAGAACAGACAUAGUUGUAGUUGUUGGACUACAGCUUUGAAUUUGGUUGUGGU